GUUGUGAAGAGGAGCAGCAAACAGGCUGCAGACAGCAGGGGUGCCAAAAGCAGGGAAGGAAGAGCGGAAAAGCCCACCACCACCACCUUCCUCGGAUCCACAACCCGGACGCCCCACCCGGUGGCAAGCAGGCAGGCAGGCGAGCGAGAGGUGGUGGAGGAGCGGACGGAACCGUCGCCUGCUGCGGCUGCCUGCGAGAUCUAGGCGAGCGAGCGCGCGGCCAUGGGUGCUCGCUGCUCCAAGCUCUCCGUCUGCUGGUGGCCUCCCCACUUCAAAUCGCCGAUGCUCGAGAAUGGCGCCGCCGAGGAUGACGGCAGCGGCGUGCCGGUGUUCGCCGAGUACAGCCUCGACGAGCUCCGGGCGGCCACCGACGGCUUCGCCCCCGACCGCAUCGUGUCGGAGCACGGCGAGAAGGCGCCCAACGUGGUCUACCGCGGCACGCUCUUCAGCUCCGGCCGCACCGUUGCCAUCAAGCGCUUCGGCCGCUCCGCCUGGCCGGACUCACGCCAGUUCCUGGAGGAGGCGAGGGCUGUUGGGCAGCUGCGCAGUGGCCGGCUGGCCAAUCUGAUCGGUUGCUGCUGCGAGAGCGGCGAGCGUCUCCUCGUUGCCGAGUUCAUGCCUCACGAGACCUUGGCAAAGCAUCUCUUCCACUGGGAGACAAAUCCAUUGAGUUGGGCAAUGAGGAUGAGGGCUGCGCUUUAUGUGGCACAGGCGUUGGACUACUGCAGUAGCAAAGGGAGGGCACUCUAUCAUGAUCUGCAUGCAUACAGGGUCGUCUUUGAUGUGGAUGGUAACCCAAGACUAUCAUGUUUUGGUCUGAUGAAGAACAGCAGGGACGGGAAGAGUUAUAGUACUAAUUUGGCUUUCACACCUCCUGAGUAUCUUAAGACAGGCAGAGUAAGUCCUGAGAGUGUGGUUUACAGUUUUGGGACUGUCUUGCUUGAUCUCCUGAGUGGAAAGCACAUUCCACCAAGUCAUGCACUUGACCUUAUAAGAGGAAAGAACUUUCUAGUGCUGAUGGAUUCUUGCUUGGAAGGUCAUGUAUCCAACUCCGAUGGAACUGACUUGAUGCGAUUAGCAUCCCGUUGCUUGCAAUAUGAAGCACGUGACCGGCCAAAUCUGAAAACUGUGGUAUCUGGUCUCGCAAGUCUCCAGAGAGAUGCUUCUACUCCUUCACACACUUUGCUGGGGAUCCAACAUGAUAAGAAAAACCCAGAUCUAGUUUCCUUGUCUGCUAUUGGGAAAGCUUUCGCCAGAGCAGACCUGAAUGAGGUGCAUGAAAUACUGCUGCAUGAUGGUUAUAAUGAGGAUGACGCAGCUAAUGCUGAGCUAUCUCUCCAGUCAUGGAAUGGUGAUCUAUCUGAGAGCUUUGUUGUUAAGAGGCAUGCAGACAAUGCCUUCAAGUCUAAGGAAUUCGUGACUGCAAUUGAGUGCUACUCAAGGUUCCUCGACUCAGGCGCAGCGGUGGCUCCAACCAUGCUGGGGCGGAGAUGCUUCGCAUAUGUGGUGAUUGGCAACCCACAGGAAGGCCUUGAGGAUGCAAAGAGAGCUGUGGUUAUGGCAUCCGACUGGCCGAUGGGAUACUACCUGCAGGCCAUAGCACUUCAUAACCUUGGAAGGGAGGCUGAAAGCCAAGAAGCACUGAAGAUUGGCACUGCCUUGGAAGCUGCAAGGAAUAGUAGAGCUAGAUCUGUAUAGCCAUGAAUUUGUCAUACCCUGUCCUGCUUGUACCUAGAUCGCCUGCAUUUCGGGUGCCUCCCUCCAAUGCUUUGCCACCAGUAGGGCUGUUUUUGGUAUUCCCUAACUUGUAUCGGUAUUUCCCAUGGUUUUACAUGUCAGGAACUCCUAGGUUGGCUGUUAUUACACAGGAAUGGGCAACUAGUUUGCAAUAGCAUUCUGUUGAUGUGAGUUUGUAAAGUGACAGAAUUUCCAUUUAUUUCAACAAAUUCAUGUAUAUACAAACUUUUGAACCCUGCAACUUAAGAUAUUUGAGGUCAGGCAACCUUCAA